CAGGAGCAGGAGCAGGCGACGUCGGUGGAGGUGGACUCCAUCCUCUUCGGCUUCUACACCGACGACGAGGUCCGGCGGCUCAGCGUCAAGCGGCUGACCAGGUCCGAGCGCCUCGACGCCAAGAACUGCCCCGUGCCCGGCGGCCUGCUCGACCCCGCCAUGGGCCCCGUCAACGCCAACGACACCUGCAAGACCUGCGCGCAGCAGCCCGGCGACUGCCCGGGCCACUUCGGCCACAUCGAGCUCUCCAAGCCGCUCUUCAACCCGCUGCUCUUCGACACCCUCCGGGACCUCCUCCGCUCCACCUGCUUCACCUGCCGCAAGUUCCGCCUCAGCGCCCAGCUGGUUGACAGGUACGCCCGCGAGCUUGAGCUGCUGGCGAGGGGCGAUGUUGUGCAGGCCAAGAACUUGCAAGAUUCCGCUGUUUUGGAGGAAAGCGUCGAAAUGGACGAGGACGGUUCGGUUGAUAAACCGGCGUCCCCUUCUGACCGAAUGAACAAAACCUGGACAUCCAUCCAGUUGAAAGAGGCCCAUUCUAUCUUCUCCAAGCUGAUGAAAAAGCGGGUGAACAAGUGUGCAAACUGCGGCAUGAAGAACCCGCCCAUCAAAUGCCAGAUAUAUGGUUGGCUCACCAUUCAGGGUACAGAUGGUUCUGCUGUAAGAAGAAAAGCAAUCACUGAUUAUAAUCUUGAAGGAGAUGGCCAUAUUUCCAACCCAAAUGGAACUGGUGUUUCUGGUCUUACGGAUGAUAGAGUUAAAGCAUCAAGCAAUCAAACAAAAGACCUUUCUGAUGAUAGACCUCUCUUGACUACGGAGGUUGAAUCUAUUCUCAAAGACCUGUGGGAAAAGGAAGCCAGGUUCUGCAUGUUACUAUGCGACUUUCAGCAGAAUUUAUGUGUAUCAGAAAAGAGGAGGGGCCAUGAGAUGUUUUUCUUGAAGAGUAUGCUUGUGCCACCAAAUAGAUUCCGUCCCUCAACUAGCUCUAGCCUUGGAAUUAUGGAACAUCCACAAAAUGUUAUGCUAAGUAAAGUGCAAGAGGCCAAUCUUGCGCUACAGCAUGACAAUCCUAAUCACAUGGAUAUUCUUACAAGAUGGAGAGAUCUGCAAACAAGUGUAAAUUUAUUUUACGAUAGUAGUAAAGGCCUUGGAAAAAGCGGGAAAGAUGGUCAUGGUGUCCGACAAUUGGUGGAUAAGAAAACUGGGAUUGUUCGACAGAAAAUAAUGGGCAAGAGAGUUAAUCAUUCCUGCCGUACGGUUAUAUCUCCGGAUCCCUUUUUAGCUGUUAACGAAAUUGGGAUUCCUCCUGCUGCUGCUUUAAAGCUGACUUACCCUGAGAAAGUGACGCCCUGGAAUGCCAAAAAGCUACAAGGAGCUAUAAGUAAUGGCUCGGAAAUUCAUCCUGGUGCGACACACUUGAAGGUUAACAAGCAAACGUAUAAAUUACAGGAUGACCGUACCAAACGUUGUGGCAUUGCUAAGAUGUUGGCUGCUUCUAAAGGAUCAAUUUCUCAACCAGGGAAGGACCCUAAAUGUGAAUUUGAAAGCAAAGUUGUAUAUCGACAUAUUCAAGAUGGUGACAUUGUACUGGUCAACAGACAGCCUACUCUUCACAAGCCCAGCAUGAUGGCCCAUGUUGUUCGUGUGUUGGCUGGAGAGAAGACAAUUCGAAUGCACUAUGCCAAUUGCAGCACAUACAAUGCUGAUUUUGAUGGGGACGAAAUGAAUGUGCACUUCCCGCAAGAUGAAAUAUCUCGCGCUGAAGCCAUCAACAUCGUUGAUGCAAAUAAGCAGUACAUUGGUCCAAGGAGUGGGGAGGCUGUCAGAGGUCUCAUUCAGGACCACAUAGUUGGUGCCGUUCUUCUCACAAGAGUGGGCACUCUCUUAAGCCGUGAGGAAUAUAGUCAGCUUGUCUAUGGGUCUUGUGUGUCCUCAGCUCGAAGUCCUUGUCAAUCUGGCAAAAGGGUAUCUAUUACAAAUGAUGAUGAUACACUGGAACUUCUUAGUCCAGCUAUUUUGAAGCCAAAGCAGCUGUGGACGGGAAAACAGGUCAUAACAACCAUCUUGAACCAUUUAACAAAAGGUCACCCACCAUUUACUGUGGAGAUGGAAGGGAAGAUUCCAGUACAGUAUCUAACACCUAAAAAAUGCGAUGAUGAAGAUAAGACUAUUUCCUCAGAAAAGAAGCAAAAAGAAAAAGCUGUUUCCUCAAAAAAGAAGAAAAAUGAAAAGGCUAGUGCUCAAGAACAAGAAUCUCCUGAAGAACAAAAAGAAACGGCUAGAGCUCCUGAAGAACAAGUUUUACGUAUUCAUGAUAAUCAGCUCCUAACAGGCAUGAUAGAUAAGAAGCAGUUCGGGAACCAUGGGAUAGUUCAUACAGUUCAUGAACUCUAUGGCGCAGAUAUAGCUGGAAGAUUGCUCUCGAUAUUCAGCCGCUUGUUUACAUUGUUCUUGCAGUUUCAUGGAUUUACUUGUGGAAUAGAUGAUCUUUUACUAUCCCAAGAGUCAGAUAAGCAGAGGACGGAAAUUCUGGCAGGAAGUGAGGAACACAGUAAACUAGCCCAUAGGGAAUUUAUAUGCACUGGAGAUGGUGAUAUUAAAGAUCAAGUGAAAUUGCAAAUGGAUGUCGAAAAGGUUGUACGGAGAAUAGGAGAACCCGCGAAUGUCGCGUUGGAUAAAAAGAUUUUAAGUGUACUAAAUGAGUUAACAACUAAAGUCAAUAAAACCAUGUUUCCAUAUGGUCUACAAAAGCCCUUUCCUAGAAAUUGUCUCACUCUUAUGACUGCAACUGGAGCAAAGGGUAGCGAUGUUAACAUGACACAAAUCUCAUCAUUGUUAGGCUCACAAGAUUUAGAAGGAGCGCGUGUUCCACGAAUGUCAUCUGGGAAGUCAUUACCAUGCUUUCCGCCAUGGGAUACUAAUACAAGAGCUGGUGGUUUCGUCAGUGACAGAUUUUUAACUGGUCUCCGCCCUCAAGAGUACUAUUUCCAUUGUAUGGCUGGCAGAAAUGGGUUGAUUGACACAGCUGUCAAAACAUCUCGUAGUGGAUAUCUUCAGCGUUGUCUUAUCAAAAGUCUUGAAUCAUUGUUUGUUUCGUACGAUCACACUGUGCGUAAUGUUGAUGGAUCAAUCAUACAAUUCUGCUACGGAGAAGAUGGCGUUGAUGUCCAUAAAAGUAGCUUUCUCAAUAACUUUGAAGAACUACGAAAUAAUAGAACAGCCGUGUUUCACAGGCUUGAGAGGUACAGUGACGAGCUUGAGAUCUACAGUCGUGAUCCCCUUCUAUUAAAGCCCAAACACAUUACUAAACUGCCUGAAGGACUCACCAACCGUGCAACGGACUUUCUUAGAAAUCAGUGUCCCUGCCUUAAAAAGCUUAAGUUUAAAGAGUGUCGCUGCCGGUAUCGCAUAGAGGAGGAGGAACUAACGAAGUUACUGAAAGUCAAAUACAUGGCUAGUCUUGUCGAUCCUGGUGAAGCUGUUGGUGUGAUCCUUGCUCAGUCCUUGGGAGAACCUUCAACACAGAUGACGCUCAACACCUUUCAUCUUGCUGGAAGAGGUGACAUGAAUGUUACACUUGGGAUGCCUCGGAUACAAGAAAUCCUAAUGAAAGCAUCAGCUAACAUUAGUACGCCUGUUAUGGUGUGCCCUCUGCGUGAAGAUAUCCCCAGGGAUGAAGCUAAACGUCUGGAAACAAAAUUAAGGGGCAUUAGGUUGGCUGAUAUCGUGGAGGGAAUGGAAGUAUGCACAAUUCCUUUUCACAACAGUAAUGGGCAUAUUUCGAGUCUCUACAAGUUGCAGCUAAAACUAUUCUCACCAGAGUGUUACCCUCCUGAGUCAGAACUUACAGUUGAUGAGUGUCAAACAGCCUUGAGAACUGUGUUUGUUGAUGCAAUGGAAUAUGCAAUUGAAAAACACGUAAAUUUUCUACACAAAGUUAGUGGAAUCCAGGAAACUAGGGUAAAGGACACUGAGACCUCACCAUCAGAUGGUCCUGAAGAAUUCGAAAGCAGACCUAUUGAUGGUGAAGAAUCUGGUGCGAGUGAUGGCGACGAUGGAAAUGACGAUGACUUGGGAGCUGAUGCAGAAAAGAGGAAACGACAAGAGAAUGAUGAGAUGGAGUAUGAUGAUGAUAUUGGAGAGGAAGAUGGUAUGAACAGUGACCCUGAAGAAGAGACAAAAUAUGAACUCGAUAAUGAGGAUGGUCCGGCUGAGUCUGGUGAAGAAUCAGAAGAGAAUGAUGAAGGGCAUUUGUCAGAUUCCAGUAACAAGACAGCGAAAUUGGAAAGUAGGCUUGCAGCUGGUAAACUAAAGAAAGGAAAAAAGGAAACCGUGGAAAACUUGGAGGAGCAGAAGCAGGAACAAAUAACCCAGAAACGCAGCAAGAAGCUAAAGCUGACUGUUCAUGUUGAAAGCACAGAUUUAAAAUUUGAGGUUCACUACAUCUUGCACAAGGAACCACAUAUUUUACUAUCCCAGAUUGCCCAGAAGACAUUGAAGUCCCUAUUUGUCAGUGCAUCCCAUAACAAAAGCAUCAGUGAAUGCACAGUUGUUUGGCCGGAGGAGAAAGGCGAUUCCACCACUAAAAAGAAGAAAGGCGAUUCCACCACUAAAAAGAAGAAGAAAGAUGAUUCCUCUCAAGAAGAAGAGAAGAAGAACGAUUCCACUAAUAAAAAUAAACUGCAAACAUCAGGAGUGGACUUUGAGGUAUUCUGGGAUCUGCAGGACUACCUGGACAUCCACAAGCUUACAUCUAACGACAUACAUGCCAUCUUGAAUACAUACGGGGUAGAGGCUGCAAGGGCCACCAUCAUUAACGAGGUGAAGGCCGUGUUUGAGCCCUUUGGCAUCAAGGUAGACCCGAGGCACCUGAGCCUGGCUGCUGAUUUCAUGACCUCAGGAGGCUCCUACCGACCGAUGAACAGCCUCGGGAUGGCCCGGUUCUGCACGUCGCCGUUUGGCAAGAUGAGCUUCGAGCAGGCCACGAGGUUCAUCAUGGAGGCGGCCUACCAUGGGGAGGUGGACAAGCUCACGGGCCCUUCGGCGACCGUGUCCCUGGGGAAACCGGCCAAGACCGGGACCGGUGCCUUUGGGCUGAUGCAGAAUAUCACCCUGGAGGAGCGGGCGGUGAUGUAGGAGCGCCCUAUUCGGACCUUCUUUUGGCAUGGCUGGUGCUCAGAUCACCCAGUUUUGGUCCAAGAAUCGGUUGCCGUGUGUCCAGCCAUCACUCGUGUGUUUUGAUGGAACUAGUCAUGUGAAUAACAUUUUUGUGCUUGCUACGAGGGAAGCGUUGUAAUUCUCGGUUGCUGUUUGUAUCUGCUUUACUAGUCAUGUAGCUUAACUUUCUAUCUGUUUGGUGCGAUGGAUGCAUCUGUUGCAUUGCAGUUACCUUAACUUUCUACCAUGUAUAUGCUCAGAUCACCCAGUUUUGGGUGCACAGCGAGAUGCGUGUUAAUGUACCA